AUGGCUAGAUCGAAGGUCACUUUGCAAGAUUCAGUGCACCAGAACACUGGAGGCGACACGGACAAUAGCAUACCUUCGACUCGCAAACGCAAGAAAUAUGACGCAGAUGACUGGGAGCGCGUCGCACGCAGGACACGACGCAAGCUCUACACGACUGAGGAUAAAGUGGAGAAGCUAGAAGGAAGGAUCAGCGCGUUGCAGGAGGCCGCAGAGCAGGGGGAGAGGCGACAUAUCGAGGAGCUUCAUGUCGCAUCACGAGCAAGCGGAGAGAUGUGGUGGGAGCUACAGAAGACGCGCGAGGGGCUUACAGCGGAGCAGAUGGAGAACACACGCAUUCAGCGUCUCCUAGGCGAGCAGGACGACCGCUUGGCAGCACGGCUGAAGGAGCUUUUCGAUACCAAGAAGUCAAACCGCGCCCUGUCUAUGCAGGUUCUGCGCAGGGGCGGGAGUGCGCGAUCGAAGCGCACGUACUAUCUGAGGGACUCCGUGGUCACUGCCGACUUCCAAAACCGUGUCAGGUCGAAGGGAGCAUUCACGCCCGCGGCCCGCGCCAUAGCACUGAAGCUCGUCCUCUCGGGCUGUGCCGAGCAUGCGGUGGGCGGUGUCAUCCAGGAGCUGGGGCGACUGGUGGGCAUACGACGACUGAACGCAAUCCCGAGGAUGAGUGCACGCACCGUUUCUCGCAUCAUCGCGGAGGGAGGCAUUGCAGCGAAGAUACAGCUCGGUUACGAAAUCAUGAGGAACACGAGCCUUACUGCCAGUGGAGACUCGACAUCUCAUCGAAGGCAGGAGUAUGACUCGCGCUUCGUAGCGUUGAAGCCGGUGACGGCCACCGGCACGUUGUCGGAUACACAUGUACUACGAAGCCUCGGUGUCGACGCAUCCCUCAACCACUCCAGUGAGGAGCAGGUCCGCGGUCUCUUGAAGAAAUUGCAGCAAAUCUGCGAGAUCUUCAAUCGCUCACCUUUCGCCAAACGCAAAGGCCUCGAGAUGAGCCUUACCGCCUUCGCCACUCGCCUGCGUGGGACGAACGGCGACCACGCGAACGACGUGAAGAAGGACAACAAGCUCCUCCUUAUGUGGAAGCUCGAGUUGACAAAGAUCUCGCUCGGCUACGACAAGCUCAGGCAGAUGAGCCCCGAGAACGCGUUCUGCGUUAUCAUACCGCAUGCGCGUGCAGUCCUCCUCGAAGUUGGUGGUCAGGCCGCGUGGGAUGCCCUCAGCGAUGUGGUCCGAGCAGAGAAGGAGAGCGCCUUUAUGCGCAGCGCGGCAGAGGAGGUGGGGGAGCAGGAGUAUGAGCGGCUAGGUGCCAGCGAGAAGAAGAGGCUGUCGCUCUUCCUGUUCUCUGGGUGUUGCAUGCACAAGGAGUUGAACAGUGUCAAGGGCGGCGACACGCGCAUGCGUACCUAUUACCCAAAUCACCCCGAGGUCGCGCCGCCCGUCCUUCUCGCGAACAAAGAUAACGCCGCGGUUCUCGCGGGAGUGAAGGACGGCGAGCAGCUGACCCCGGCGGAGCUGCGUGCGUUGUCCAUCUCUGGCUGCGGCGCUGUGAAGGCAACGACUCUCGCCGGCAUGAUCUGCAACAACAAGGAUAGUAAGAAAGGUCAACACGAUCGCUACAUCUGGUACUUCGACAAGGAGCUGGGUCCUGCGGUCACUGCACGUCGCUUCCCCGACGUCAGCAACACACGCUUCCAGUCCCAUUGCGCUGCGUCGUGCGAGAUACUCGUUCACCUGGACCUGUACAGGGACUUCAUGAGGAAUGGAGUCUAUUACAAGAAGGAGAAACCCGGCUUCACCAACAUCGAAAAGAACUUCUUUCGGGCUCUGCACUGCAGUACAACGCUCACCGAAAUGGCUGUGCUAGCCCUCUACGGCCUCUGUGUCUCCUGCCCCUACGUACGCCAGAUCCGCGGUCCUGGCAUGUCCAACCUGAACGCGUUGACGCUCGGCCCGCUUCACAUCCGCUUGAGAAACUUCAUCGAGAAGUUGAUCAACGAUCCGAGCAUCAUUCUCGGAGAUGAUGCUGGGUACACGACCGCAACCUUCGAUGGCGAAGAGUGGGAGAGGCCAGGUGUUUUCGAUGCCAUCGUGUCACUGCGCCCCGCUAUGCCUCACCUGCAGGAGCUCCUUGUAGAGUUCUUGAAGGGCGCGCUUGAGACGUGGGAGCGAUUCACGGCCGAGUUCGACCCUAGCGGUGAUAUCAGCCAGCUCACGACGGAGGAACAAGAUGAAUUCUGGAUGCCCGCCACGAACGACGCGAACGAGAGUGCGCUCGGGGGUGUCCGGGUGAACGCCAGUGCACGCCCCAACCAGACGCUUCACCAAUUCGAGGCAAAGGAUAUGUUCCGGCGCAACGACACGCAGCAGUUUGUUGACCAGGAAUUUAUCGCCGAGGAUCACAAGUUUGUACGUGGUGAGGCCCGCCUAUUGCAGGCAUCGCGGCCCCAGAGGCAGCUCCAGCAUGCGCAGGUCGUCCAUGACGAGGAGGAGGCCCGACGGCAUCAGGCCUCCGAGGAGCAGUCGAAUGCGAAGGCGUUGGAACGGCAGAUCAAGCUCGAUAAUACUGUCCUCAUCACGGAUGCGGAGAAGUUCGUUGGGGUACGGAAAGAUGCACUCAUUGAUCAGCUGAAUUACUGGCGCCAUCGGCUGCUCGCGAAGGUCGAGCCCAACACAAAGAUCCCGAAGAACGUCGACAAAGUCGCGGAGCUUCGCAAGCUUCUUGCACUCUUCCCAGGCGGUGUAGUACCGGAAUCCGAGCGCACAAUUCCCAAAGGAAAGGGUCACACACUUAUAGUAGGGCCCGAAGCGGUUCUGCAAGACAUGCCGAGCAUUUCGAUUGCUUCUACAGAGGUUGUGGACCACAGCGUGCGAGAGGAAGAGGGCGAGGAGAUUGAUCUACUGUACGAGUCCGAAGUAGAUGAUAUCUGA